AUGCCGUCCGAGUCCGCGUCACCGGCCUCCCCGUCGGCCCCCGAUGGCCCGUCCCAGCUUGUCACCCCCGAGCUCGCGCCCCUUCUCAAGAACGACCCAGCCCGAACCGGCUUCGACCCCAAGAUAGGCUACUGGAUGAACAUAUUCCACUACAUGACAGGGUCGAUGACGCGCGAAGGCCAGUUCCACUUCCGCGAACACCUCUACCGCGAGAACGAAAAGGAAGACUGCCAGCGCUGCGAAGAGUACCGCGACUGGUUAUUCGCCCACUCCCCUGUCGUGCGCUUCAUGCGCGACAAGGUGGCCGACCUGAACGGCACGCUUGACUCUUCCAAUGUGUUCUGCGUGCGGUGUCCCGCGCGGUUGACCACGGACGGCCAGGUUGUUAGGACGGGCGGCGGGUUUAACCCGUAUUCAGGGAUCAAGAUUUGCGCGAACGAGGUUAGGGAUAGGAAACAUCUGGAGGAUACGUUAGCUCAUGAGAUGGUGCAUGCCUGGGAUUUCUUGAGGUGGAAGAUGGAUGGCGUUGGGAACUUGAGGCAUGCUGCCUGUACUGAGAUCCGCGCAUCCAUGCUUAGUGGCGAAUGUAGAUGGGCUCGCGAGUUCUUUACGAGGGGGAACUGGAACCUGACCCAGCAGUUCCAACACUGCGUCCGUGGGAGGGCUAUCAUGUCCGUCAUGAACCGGCCAGGAUGCAAGGACGAGGCCCACGCGACAAAGGUUGUAAACGAGGUGUGGGAGUCAUGCUUCGCCGAUACCAGGCCAUUCGACGAGGUCUACAAAUGA